AUGAGCUCGUUUUACCCGGGACAUUACUGGCCCGCUACAGGCCUGGAUAGGAACGGCAACGACGAUUACGCACGGGACUCCAGCACAGGGCACCACGACGCCCCCCGGAGGACGCGCCCGGACGCCCAGCGCCGCCGGAAGCGCACGACUUUCAGCAAGGCGCAAGUGAGCGAGCUGGAGAGGGCCUUCUCUGUCACGCAGUACCCGGACGUUAAAAUGAAGGAGUCCCUCGCCUCUGUAACCGGACUGCCGGAGUCUAAAAUUCAGGUCUGGUUUCAAAAUCGACGCGCACGCUAUUUCAAGAGCAAGAAACCAACCAGGGAGGCCCCCAAACCCUCCGCGGGAUACCUGCAUCCACAGUUCACCUACACUCCUGCUCCCAGUCCGCCGCUGCCCCGGCUGCCUCCCGCUUUCUCCCCUGCUCCCGGCCUACCGUCCCCACCAGGCUACCCUGCUCCGAGUUUACCUCAGUCCACCAGGCUCUCGACCGUCCCGGGGGGUCAGGCCGUGUCACCGCCCGGACCCGUAUCCCCUGUCGCCGCCGACCAAGCUUCAACCUGCUCCCCGCAUGGACCGGGUCUCCCAGGAGCUCCCCGGGACCACUACUACCAAACCCCGGACUUCACUGGUCACUGUGUGUUUCCACACAUCGGGCUAAGUGAAUGGGAUCUGACAAAGGACUUUGAGGCUUUCCUCGGAGAUGCACAGGGAUCCCAGCCCGUGGGUAGCCGCUGCGCUGCAGUGGGGCAUCCUGAAUACGCGGAGAGCGUCCAGAGUCAGCUGGACCACCAGGGCUUCUCCGGCGCGGACGAGUCCUUGGACGACCUGUCCGAUCUGUGCUUUCGGGACCUGAGCGACUUCAAUCUGUCGGAUUUGGAAAUCUCUGCGUCUUUUGUCCAGCAGAUGGUGGCCCUCCUUCAAGAGAACCACUGUCUGCUAAAGAAGUUACGUCAGCAGAGGAUCUCAGUGCAGCAGCAUGCAUAA